CAGCCUUCAACAUAAGCUGGUUUCCCAUAAGCGCCGCUUCAGAGUGCGCCAGGUGAUCGAUGGAUCUCCACCUCUUCAAUUGAACCCCAGUGCAAGUCCGGAGUGAGGAGGGACAUUGGUCUGACCUUGGAAAACCCAUGACGACGAACCAGGAAACCAUCAGCGCAGGGUCCAAAGACUGACACGUGAUCCGCGGGGUACUUGGACAAACAUCACGUGACGUCCAACAAAGGUAUUCGUUGAGCCAUUCGAAGACACUCUCUCAUCCAACCAAGGGCACCCAGGAGAACUGCGACGCUUGUACACUUCUAUAACAUCGAAUAAGAUACCGUGCUCGUACUCCGCUGCCUGAGCUGCCCAGGACGUUAAGCCUGAGUAGGUAAAAGCACACAGAGGAACGACAUCAACACAGGAGCACACAGUCUGUGUGCCAAGGCUCAGGCUUUUACAUAAUAUACUUCUACCACCAGCUUGCCUGCAUAUGCGCCAUCUUGUAGGGUUUCCUUGCUCUGCUGUACGGUACGUAUACUUUUUAUUUAGCCCCGACUCCAGAAUGCAUUACCCAACCCUCUCUCACACUCCCACGCGGUCUAUACAUGACCUCCUUACCUCAACCUAGUGUAAUUGGGACUAAGACAAUUCCUUUGCUGUUUGCGUCCUGUUCUGUCCGUUUGUCUUGUAUGUCUCAGACCUACCCAAGUGUUAGGCAACACAAGCAAACGAACAGACACUACUAGCUGGAACGGACAUACUCGAAAACUUCUGUUGCUUCACUCGUAUUCUGUCCUAGCAUUGUUCUGAAUUCAUUAAUCAUUUGUACUGAUCUUUUAUCACAAUAUUAUUGUUGCUUCACGAUGCGUUUCAAUCUUUGAUCGGUCAUAAUGCCUUCCUCGUGCUGUUCCCAUGCUCCUAUUUUUUUUUCAUUAAGAAAUUCACGUUACAUACAUGGCAUUCCCUAUCCACGAGACGUCCAUGUGUAUUUUUCUCUUUAUUCUGGUUCUGUGUUUUCCUUACAAUAAGUGUACUAAUGCUUCAUUGCAUGUUUGAAUCUUGUCUUGUUGUACUCGCAUUUGUCUACUUCUUCUGUGUCUAUUUUUUGUCUACCUCAGAUUACUUGCAGGGAUAUGAUACGGUCGACGGCUGGAAGCUUCACGCUUCCAUCCCACUGUCUUCUGAUAUGUGUCCGAUGAAACAAACCUGUUCCCGUGAAAUGGCCAUCGUGGUCUCGAGAGUCAAAUAAGGAAACAAGCAGAGGUAUCGAUAAACUAGAGUGAGUGAGUAUCGAUAAACACUGAAAUCUAAGAGGCGCUAUAGACAACAACCUAAAACACAGCGGCGACGACACAUCAUUGCUGCUUUUAUUAUACAACAUGAUCCCAGAGCAAAAAACAAGAGUCCCUGUAGCCUCAGUUGCUUCGCGGCGCAAACGCGGGAAAACGAGGGCCGCGAUCCAAACAAAUUACCGCACUUGACCUGUUUCUUGCAGUUCAAUUAGUGUUGCUUACGUUCCUAAAUACCUUGUUAAAAUUACAGGAAUUUAUCUCUUCAUCUCCAAAGGCAUGGCUUCGACAUCUGGAUUUGAUCUCGAGAUGGAAAGGUCGCAAGAGUGGGAAGACGUCAGGAAGGAAAUGCACGAAGCCAUUGCGGAGGAAGACGAGGCUGGUGUUCUAAAGUGCCUGGAUGCUGCACCUGCUUUGAAACUGUGGUUGGACCCUGUUAAAGAAAAAUCAGCUCGUUACAGAGCUGUUAAAAAGAAAUCCAUCCGUAUACAUGGCCUCUUAGUCUCGCGCGGAUGUGGACUCAAGAACGACAAAGAAUCGUCGUAUUAUAAACAUCUGUCACACGUUCAUCGAGCUGAAAUACGACGGCAACGAUACUACACCAAAGAAUGCAAAGAAUCCUACAUCUAUUACUUGAAAAGCAAAUCGAAGAGCCACGUCGGAUGUGAUGACUUCGACGAGCGAUUGGAGAAGAUGUUCAGGGAACUUUCAACCGACCAAUUAAACGAGGAAAUAUUGAAAGUUGUUGCCACAGCACCGCAUCUGGAUAUACUAUUCGACUACAACAGUGAAAACGUUCAGGGGAUCACGGGGUGCAGCGGCAGCGACGUCCGCGGACUUGCUGAUUACGAAAACCAAAUAAUUUCUAUCGGAGGCGGAGCAACGGAAGCCGAAGUCCGGGGCACGUUUAUUCACGAAUCUUGUCAUAUGGCACUUCAUCUGGUGUAUAAAAAUUAUGGCAAGCCAUAUUUCCGCGAAGAUACCGAAAAGGAACGGCGAUACAGAGACAUUCUGGAUGACAUAAAACGAAGAGAAAACGAUGUGGAUAAAUUGAUACGACUAGCUUUGAACACAAGUGAAGAACAAGAAGCGAUUGUUCGUAUCCCACACAUACUAACUGAAUAUGGCAGCGAUCGUGGAAAUAGGGUUCUCGAAAAGGAGGUACCGGAACUACGAAAGUUUUUCGAUGAUACUGUCAUCCCGGACAUGCAGAAAUACAUUCAAAAUGGAUUCCCGUCGAUAGAUGCGACAAUGAUAGAAAAGGUAAACGAGAGACUCAACAAAGCUUUCAACAUUGGCAAACUCAACGUCAAUUUCGAGAACCAACCGAAGAACAGUGUCUGGGAAAACGGGUUGCUUCACGUAGUUACGGGCCCAGAACUGAGGCUUCUCGAAAUAAUGGUUCACAAAGCUGUGCAAUCUACGGGACUUCCAUACAUGUUUUUCGAUGCAAAACAGCUGGACUCCGCACUGGAGGGUGUGUUACAAGACUACAAAUAUGCGUUUGUUCUUGUAACGGUCCAACAAAACAAGAAUGUCCAAAAGAUGAUUCGGCUUUUCAGUGAAGUAUCCUGUGUCACUGGAUCAAAAGUCAUCUUGCUCGUGGAAGACAGCGAUAAAGACUACUUGAUGACACGAGUAGAAGCAGAUGCAUUCUUUACGGAGAGGCACGAAGUUCACAGAAUCGACGAAGCAACCUUUGCGCAUGUCACGAAUAGCUGCAAAGAAGGGAUUUUCGAAAAUUCCCACGUAAAACUUCAGGGCCAGGACGUUUCUACGUUUUCGGACGCAACGACUAUAGAUACCUUCAAACGUUGCGUUGACACUGCGGUUUUCCUAAAGCUAUGCGAGUCGAAGAGCAUUGACCUGGGGCCUCCUCUUCAUGAACUAGAAGAACAUGUUCAGAACUAUUACGUGAAAAGAGAGUGUGGAAGAGCCGUGGAAAUUAACUUGAAGGAAUGUAGUCUAGAUGACGACAGUGAGGCAUUCGCACUUCUGGACUGUCCGCACAGUCAACUCGCAACACAUCUACCUCACGGUUGUGAGCCAAAAGCCAAGGAGGAAUUAAAGAAGUUCGAGAAAUUUGUGCUCCUCCAAGAGCCAGGUGACUACGAAACUCUACUGGAAACUGCUCAUUUCCGAAACAAAGUAGUGCACCUGCUAACAUUCGACGAAUCUCGUACUAGACUCUUGUGGACGAAAUCAAAUGGUCCUCUCAGUCACCUUCCAAUGGUGGGAAGUGAGUGUUACACUGAGGACGUGUUGUUGAACGUAGAGGAGAAGGUUGUCAUAGUCUCUGGUGCACCAGGUACGGGAAAGAGUACGCUGGCAAAGCGCUUGUGCACAGAAGUAAAAAAUCAAGACAAGAAGCGGUGGGUGAUGUACGUCGACCUUCCUCGGAGAAUUGCAUCGGUUAAAAAUGUGACGCCGGAUCUAACGGAUAUGUGCAAGUAUCUAGCGGAUCUCUGCGAAGUACACAAAGAUGGUCUAGAGUUCGCUUUGUUCGAGAAAAGUUUGAACACCGGAAGCCCUUUCGAGAUUGUCGUCAUCUUGGAUGCCUUCGAUGAACUGAACGAGACAUGCCGCAAGUGCGUCUUGAAGCUUACAUCGUUUCUAUCUGAAAAGAAAGCCUACAAGACAUAUAUGUUUACUCGUACUAUAUUUAAGCCCCAUGCGCAAGAUGCUCUGCACACGGUGUCAUAUCAACUCCUUCCAUUUUCUGACAAACACCAGGCGGAGUUCCAUAGAAAUUAUGAGGAAACUGCUCAUUCAACCAAUGAAAAUGCUGGAAGUUUCGAGCUGUUCCAGCGACUGCACACAUCCAUGAAGGAGAGAAACAAGACCAUCUUUGAAAUGCCUCUCCUUAAUCGUAUGAUGGCUGAGAUGAGAAACGGGGAAAUGACAGAGUCUGGCGAUUACUCUUUGGUACGUGAACGUGCUGAGAUUUAUGAUGAUAGCAACAUAUAUAAUGUACACAUCUACAAGAUGUUUGUAGAGUACAAGCACCUUAUUGUGUACAGAAAAGAAAAAAGAAACGAAAGCAUCCACUUACACGCCGUGCAAGACGCCGAGGACGCCGUUGCGCUUCAGUUUUACAGAAACCAUGGACUCCUCGCUAUGAAGUGUAUGUUCCCUCUGGAAACCUUGGAAUCCUUAUUGAACAAAGAUGAAUUAGAGAAUCUAGAGCCAGAGGGACGUUUAAUGAAGGACGCGGCUAUUAAUAGUUUCAAAGAAGGUUUUCUGAAUGAUCUUAACGACGGAAUUCCAGAAUUCGUUCAUAAUACUUUCGCCGAAUUCUUUGCAGCUGACUUCCUACUGCAAAAGGUGCAAAUAGAACAAAAUUUCGUCAUUAGGGAUAACAUUGUCAAACUCUAUCGUGAAAAACACUACGACGGUGUAAUGCUGUUGUUCGAUGCCCUCGCAUCGAAGUCCCUUCCCCUCCACUCUGCCGUGAUGAACAACAAUGCUUCAUAUGUUGCUUUGUCCAAACACGAUAUUCAAAGAGGAGAAUUGCUUCAAGUUGAUAAGCUCAAAAGGAGUCCAUUACACGUAGGUGCUCUACAUUCUGAUAAAACAACAUUGAAGGAGGUCCCGGUGGAUGAUAAACUAAUCCAGCAUGAUUUGUUUAAUAUGUCACCGUUCGAGUACGUCGAACUCUUUUCCCCGUGGGACAAUAAAUACGCUGGAAAAUGGAGGGUAUGUUUGCGGACUGAGACUUCAGCUGCGAGGGACAGACUCGACAUAUUAUGCGCCGGGUACAUUGGAGAAGCAGUGAAACGAUCUCUCAAAAAUCUUGAGACCUUCACAACCCUCGAGAAAAAGAGAUGCUUUCUAGAGCGAGCAAUAUUCACAGCUGUCAGACACGACCUAAAACACGUUUUAGACGUGUACCUCAGCUAUGUCUCCCCGAGAGAGAGCACAGGAGAACUAGAUAAAGAGACCAUGGACCAAUUAGAAGCACGCGAGAAACGAAGCUUGAGGUGCCCUGCAAUGCUUCAGGUAAUUCGAAAUCUUGAUGAUGUUAACGACGAUGAGAAGAGAACUGUCGCUUUUUACGGAAAAUCCGAGGCUGUUUGCAAAAUGCUCCUUCCUUACUGCGAUAUGCAGAUUCUUGACAAGGAUGGAAACACAAUGUUGCAUAUUUGCGCGAAACAAGGAAAUCUGGAGACAGCAAAGUUUCAUCACGCACAUUCAUCCGUUGACGCUACAAACAAAUACCUUCAAACUCCCUUGCACUUGAGUAGGGAUCCAGAUGUCGUCAAGCUACUUCUUCCUGUUUCUACGUCAGUCAGUGCUCUCGAUUAUGAACAAGAAACUCCGAUGGAUAGAUGUGCCAUGUGGGGCUAUUUGGAGGCGGCAAAAUUGUUACUCCUUCGCACUCGGAUAUAUGAAACAUGUCAAAAUAGGUUGAACACAAUGCUUCAUGUGACUUCUAAGUUUAGUUCCCUUAACGCUGUGGUGUUUCUUCUACCUCACACAAAUGCGCAUAUGCUUAACUACAAAGGAAAAACGUGCUUAGACGUUGCUUGGGAAGGUUGGGAUGUUGUCAAUGAGACGUUCAGAGUUCAGAGUUCAAAGUUGGAUGUUGUGAGGUGUCUUAUCCCACACUCUCUGGUCAACUCAUCUAAAACGUUCGCCUCAUCACCGUUGUACGUUUGGGCGAAAGGUGGUGAAAGGAAAGUGCUGCAAACUCUAUGGCCUUAUUUGCUUCACAGUGACUCUAACCACGCACUGAGGAUCAAGAAAAAUAGGAUGUAUACGUAUGUGAACGAUGAUUUCCAAGAUGAAAUUUGGUGUCUGAAACUCCUCCUCCUCCAUUUAGAUGUCAUCGCUGGUGAUCACUAUGGCCGUGACCUGAUGUAUGACAUGACCUUACAUAAGCUACGUCAGAUAGCCAAAGCAGAUUACACUAAUUACGGGAACCUGUUACAGCCGCAUUCAAUUGUCAGUAUACUGGAUUAUAUAACGUGUGCACCACAAAAUGAUGACACUGUUUAAUUAUAUCGGCGAUGGUCGGACAAUGAAGAACAGCGACGAGUCGCGCGUUGACGAUGUCGACACCGCAAUCGUCCACGACGAUGGAAAUACGAAGUUGCAUAAUUGGCGCAUGGGAAGGUGAUGUGGAGUCUGUUGAGCUUCCCUUCCCAUGUUCAUCCUUCUGCUGUACGGAUCAAUUUGAGAUUAAUCAAUUGCACUUGAGCGCGUUGAACGGACACAUGAAUGUGGUGAAGCUGCUUCUUCCUUUCUAUACAUCAGUGGACGUGAUCAAUGUCGAUCGAGAAACGCACAUACAUGUAUGCUUGCGAAAGGAUGUCGUAAAGUUAUUACCCCGCGCCAGAAUAAGUCCCUUCGUCACGUAUGGGAGUACACCACUGCACAUGGCUAGUCCAGGUGGAUUUCGUCACCUUCCUUCGCGAUUCGUCGGACGUACAUCCCUUUUUCCACAACAGCUAAGAAACUCAAUUAUUUCAGGUACCUCAUGCCACGCCCUCUUGUUAACUGUCCUAGUUUCGCAUGCUCUUCAGCAACGAUAUUCUGCGCACGGAAGUCACACGUUAAAAGAGGGCUCUGGUCACAUUAGUGAUGACGUUGCGAAUUUAUUGACGCCCAGCACGUUUUGGAUGAGUUGAGGGGGUUACUAGGCGUGUAUACGGUUGACAUACAUAUAGUACUUGUAGAGAGUUGCGUGUGAUUAUGUUCAUGUAGUGCAUCUCACCUAGAGUGGAGAUAAAUGUGAGACAGCCAUGGAACCACAGUGUUGUUCGAUAAAGAUGUUGUUUUCUAGCCUUCUAUAUGUUAAGCUGCAAGCACGAGCAGAUUGAAGUGAAGUCAAGUGUUGUGUCAUGUAUUGGACCCGUCUUAAGUAAAAUUAUAUUGGAGCUAUCGUUCCCUUUGCUGCAGAAUGGGGCAAACAGACUUUUACGGAGCAAAAUAUAUUUGCAAGGCACUCAUACAUUUAUUACAAAUGAGUAAAUGCGGAAGUUCCAGAUUAUUUUGUCAGUUAUGAUUACAGAUUACAGUGCAGUUGUAGAUUACGGAACAUAUUUCUUUGACAUCAUCAAUGUUUGUGUACGAACCAGGCCUGUCUGCAAACGGUAGUGACAAAUUGGAUUUGUGUGCGUGUGAUUUAAUUACUUUAUGUAGUUGCCUUUGAAGUGAUGUGUCCACUUGGAUGUCAUAACGAGAUGCAAAAAGAGUAUAGAAUCCAGUGAACCAGUAAAAAAAUAUGAGGGGAAGUGUCCCAAGAGGAGAGCCGCCGAUAUUUCGAACAGAGACUGUUCUCUUUCUGUUGUUCAUCAUAAUGAACGAGACGCAGAAUUAUUGGCCCGCACACAGCAUGUGAUAUGAGUUGGAUCCUUGUAGCGGCCACAAGGACACAACCUAUAGUGAUAGCCAGCUUGUGAAAGUAAGCACUUAGUUGCUAUUGCAGUUUCUUUUGAGGAUUAUAACUCGUUACGUUUACAGUUACCACAUUAAAGUGACUUAGUUCUCUUGCA